GAUGUUGUUAGGUGUUUUCUCAAAGAACCUGUCAGCUGCAACCGUUCAGAAUGUAAUUUAAAAAAAUGCCAAUUUUAAUUGGAGAAAAUUUCCUCUUUGAUACUUGGAUAAGUGGUCAGUAAAUAUUGUGCACUAUUACUUUGAAGGCACUGAGAGAUUUUCUUAACAGCAUUUUCUAAGAACUUUUAAUGCUGCAUUCUGACUCCUUCCUCAUUGUAAAUGCAGUCUCGUUAGAUUUUAAGUUUUCUACUUUUGUGCCUUCCAGAUGCUUUCUUUUUUUUGCCUCAAGUACUUUGAAAUUGCACUUUCUGAACUUUGAACUUCUUUUUUUUUUUUUGUGGAAACUAUACAGAUAGAGAAAUACAACAUCUAGAAGCAGAAACAGCAUUGUUACGUGAAGGAAACUACCGUUACUGUUCUGUAAACAGAAUUGUUGGUGGAUUGCAGUGAGGGAUUUGGCAUUUAUUGUGGUUAGAGGAACAUCUAAAACGUGGGACAGCAAGAAUUCUUCCACUGCGUACAUAAUAACUGGCCUAUCCUUCACCAUAGCCCUCCCCUUCUGUUGUAGAUUAACUGCGUUCUGACUUUUUUUGCUUGUUGGUGGUUUUUAAUGAAAUGCUGCUUAUUGUGCAGCCUGUAACUGUUUUCACAGGUCUUUCAUUAACUUAAUGUAUCUGAUUCCAGUAAACUUCUCAAAGUCCAGUGAGCAAAAGUUGCACAAGAAAUCACUGCUAUGUUUCUACCGUGGAAUCUGAGCAUGGUAACAGAGGAAUGAGGGCUUAAAUAUCAAUAAAGAGUUGGGAUGUAUGGGUGACAUUCUUCAUUCUGCUCCAGCCCUUCAGCGUGCUUUGUGCCAAGCAGUACUGGUAGAUAGGACCAUGUAUAUUGCAGGACAGAUAGGUAUAGAACCUUCCAGUGGGCAGCUUGUCUCCGGAGGGGCAAAGGAGGAAGCUAAACAGGCCCUAAAAAACAUGGGAGAAAUCCUGAAAGCUGCAGGCUGUGACUACUGCAAUGUUGUGAAGACUACUGUUUUGAUGGCAGACAUGAACGACUUCAAUGAUAUUAAUGAUAUUUACAGACAAUUUUUCAAGACUAACUUCCCAGCCAGAGCAGCCUAUCAGGUUGUUGCUUUGCCAAAAGGUCCCCGAGUUGAGAUUGAAGCUGUUGCCAUUCAAGGAUCCAUCCAAGAUGCUUCAGCAUGACUAUAGAUGGAGACUGAAUAUCCUGCAAUAGCAGUUUUAGAUUCAGUGCUCCUCCCUUAGGUCCCUUUCCUACGAUUGACUACAGGCAGGUACAUACAGUUUAAAUCACUAAUCUCACUUAGGAAAGGUGCUUCGGGACCUUGCGCUCUCUAAAAUGCAAACUUGCAAUUAGUUCCAUGCAGGCAAACCCUGAGGUCUCUGAGAGCCUUGCUGAAAUCAGCUGAGCUUGUUGCUCAAAUCAGGGUAUGUUUGAAGUUAUUGCAGGUAGGGGCCUUAUUUUGUGAUUUGUGACUUCAGAUAAUAAAGUACAUAUUUUUGGGUGAAUAUAUCGUAGUUAUACUAGGGGUGAUCUGGAUGUGGAAAAUUAUAAUUAUUUUAAUACUUAGUAGGACUUAGUAACUAUUUCAAAUAAGAAAAAUGAUAGAAAUGGGAAAACUGUAGAACACUUGAACUGGUUAGGAUACACUUCUGUGUUUUUGGGCAAUUUUGCUGUAUUCUUUUCUUCACAGAAUAGAUUAGUGUUGAGACCCACUAACAUUUUGUUCUUGUGGAAGCAGUUACUUAAGGGAGUGAACACUCGUUUCAGAAAAAAGAAAAUUACACUUUUCUGAAGUAACCUGCUAACAUUUCUAAAUCAGCUGCAAAAGAAUCUCUCCCUGCAACCUUUUUCAUAGAAUUCAACUUUGAAUAUAGUGUAAUUUAAAAAAAAAAAAAUUCCAAGUUUAUGAGGGAAAAUAUCCUAUUUAAUCAGAAUAAAUGAUUAUUGUAUC